AGUGUAACUAAAGGGAUACGACGCCAAAUACUUUAUAUGUUUAUCUUUAAUCAGGAAGUGGCAAGUUACAUAUACGUUUAAAGUAAUAUCUCACCGCACACAUAUGCAUUAAUGUUGGCAAGAUUACGCUUCUUUUAAAUAAUGGAUGUUUAAGAGUCAGACUCGUUAGAGAUUUUUUGCAGCAGUUGUGACGUCAAUUUUAAUCUCUGUUAGGUUAUUUGGAAAAACCUUGUCCGUGUUAGGCCAUUGAACAUGGCACGCAACUACUCCAGUGAGUUUUCCAAUAUGGGAUGGUCUUCGCCAUACAACGGCGUUCCAUCCUAUUCUUCUAUGCCGUCAGGAUUUCCGUACCACUCAAAUGUAAACAUGCAUUAUCCUUUGGCUCCUAGUUGUGGAUUUCCUCGUAAACAACGUCGAGAAAGAACAACAUUUACAAAAUCUCAGUUGGAAAUUCUUGAAGAGCUUUUUCUAAAGACCCACUAUCCAGAUAUUUUUAUGAGAGAGGAAGCUGCAAGAAAGAUUAAUCUUCCAGAGUCACGAGUCCAAGUAUGGUUUAAAAACCGCAGAGCAAAGCACCGACAAAAAGCAAAGCAAGACAAAACUCAAAAAAAAACUUCAAACUCAAUAUCGAGUGAAAAUAGCGAUAUAAAGCCUGAUACCUCGCCUGCUCCAUCGCUAAGUCCGAAGACAUCCGUUCCUUCCCCAGAAAGCCCGUGUUAUAAAUCAAACAAUAAUGCAAGCACUUCGUCUACGUCAUCGCCUAUUAACUCUAUUUGGCGCCCAGCAAAGUCAACGUCGCUGUAUGAUAACACACAUUCUCGUAACUACCCUACUUCACCUAUUUUAAGCCCAUGUGCAAACAAUAGCGUCCCCUAUAAUCCGCCUAGUUACUUAUCGCAACAACCUUACAUAAGAUCAACACAUCAUUAUCCUUCUUAUGUAAACAUAAACUCAAACGGACCUGCAGGUAGCGAGCACUCUUCACACUCUUCUAACGGUAUUAUUGAUUUCCCUCCGCAUUACCAAAACCAAAUGCAUAGUAGUACACCUUGGGGAUAUGCAACCAUGUAAUCAGUAGUUAUGUAUAUAUUAAAGAUAAAAAAUUUUUCUGAAAUCAGAAAUAUAUUGAAAAAGUGUAAAAAGCUAGGCAGAUUCAAAAGAAUAACAAAAUGAAUAUCAAAAGCAACGAAUGAAUAUAGACGAUCCGAUUUGCUUCGAUUAGUGAAACUUCUAGUAAACAAGUUUUGAUGCUUUUUUUUUGAUUCACCGUAGAUAAUUAACUGAAUAGUAAAAUAGGAUUUUUUACUCGAAUAUUUUUGCAACAGUAUUUAUCUAUAUAUGCACGCGUGUGUACGUGUAUUGUCAACUGUGAUUAAACUUAUUUAAAAAAAUGUGACAUUUAUA